AGUGAUAUAAAUGCCCAAAAUUUAAUUUCUAAUGAGCAUAAAAAGAAUAAUGAAGCAAAAAAGACUUCUGAAAAUAUAGUUAAAACAUUGAUUGAAUUAUUCCAUGAAAAAAAUGAGAUAGAUUCUAUUAUAAAUAAUUUAGUACAAGAAAUGGUCCAACUAUUUAGUAAUAAUUAA